AUGACACAAAAUGGAAACACACCGAUUCGCUCUCUGAAGUAUUUCUACACUGCAUCCUGUCAAGUCGGAAUUCCUGAGUUUGUGGCCGUCGGGUUUGUUGAUGAUGUUCAGGUGAUCCGUUUUGACAGCGACAGCAGGAGAGUAGAGCCCAAACAGGACUGGAUGAGGAGAGUCUCAGAAGAUGAUCCACAGUAUCUGGCAAGUGAAACUGACAGUUUAAUCGGUGCCCACAAGCUUUUCAUAGCCAACAUUGAAACAGCAAAGAAACGCUUCAACCGAACAGAAGGUCUUCACAUUUACCAGUGGAUGUAUGGCUGUGACUGGGAUGAUGAGACUGGACAGGUUGAAGGUGAUGAUCCUGGUUAUGAUGGAGAAGACUUUGUAGCUCUAGACCUGAAGACAGAAUCAUGGAUCGCUGCAGCACCACAGGCUGUCAUCACCAAACACAAGCUGGACAAUAACAAAGCUUUGAUAGCACAGAAGAAGAAUUACCUCCAUCACAUUUGUCCUGAGUGGCUGAAGAAGUACCUGAACUAUGGGAGGAGCUCUCUGAUGAGAACAGACCUUCCUUCAGUGUCUUUCCUCCAGAAGACUUCCUCCUCUCCAGUCACCUGCCACGCUACUGGUUUCUAUCCCAACAGAGCCGAACUCUUCUGGAGGAAAGAUGGAGAGGAGAUUCAUGUGGGGGUGGACAAAGGACAGAUCCUCCCCAACAAUGAUGGAACCUUCCAGAUAAGUGUUGUCGUGGAUCUUUCAUUGGUUGGAACCGAAGACUGGACAAAGUAUGAAUGUGUGUUUCAGCUUUCUGGAGCACACGACGAAAAGAAAAAUCAAGACCAAUUACCCAGCGCUGCUACCUUUAAUUUAUUGAAUUUGUGUUUGUGUUUGUUUACAACAAAUUCCAACAUCAUCAUUGUUGCUGUGGUUGUUCUUGCUGUUGUUGCUGUGAUAGGAUUCAUUCUUUACAAAAAGAAGAACGCAAAGCGUCCUCCGUGUCGUAAGUACUAUUUAUUAUCUGUGUCCUCUGAUCUCAAAUCAUUGCAGAUCAUUUCUGUAUUUUGUGUAAAAGAGCAUUUUCAGAUUUAUUUCUUGUAA